UAAUCUUAACAAUUGGACUAAUCUUGAGAUUCAUGAAUUUAUGAAGUCCAUGAAUCAGAGCUCUACAUAUCAUACAAAAAUGGCGGAAAACGGCAAAAAAUUGCAUAUUGCAUUAUUUCCAUGGCUAGCUUUUGGUCAUAUGAUUCCGUAUUUAGAGCUAUCAAAGCUUAUAGCUCAAAAGGGUCAUAAAAUUUCAUUUAUUUCGACUCCUAGAAACAUUGAUCGUCUCCCAAAACUUCCAUCAAAUCUUACUCCCUUUUUCAAUUUCGUCAAACUUCCGAUGCCCCACGUGGAAAAGUUACCGGAAAAUGCAGAAGCCACCAUUGAUUUACCUUAUGAGCAAGUCAAGUACCUCAAACUUGCUCAAGAUGCACUCGAAGAAUCCAUGGCUAAGUUUCUCGAAGAUUCAGAUAUUGAUUUUAUACUAUUUGAUUUUACUUCUUAUUGGGUUCCUUCAAUUGCUUCAAAAUUCAACAUUCCGUCCGGAUAUUUCAGCAUAUUCAUCGCUGCGUUUCUGGGUUUCACCGGACCUGUGCCGGGAUUGAACAAUGAUUAUGAAAUUCGAAUGACGCCGGAGGAAUACACUGUUACCCCAAAAUGGGUUCCGUUUGAAACCACAGUUGCUUUCAAGUUUUUUGAAGUUUCGAGAAUCUUCGAAGCUUCCAUGAAAGGAGAGGAAGAGAACAUUGCUGAUAUUAUUCGUUACUAUAAAUCUGUUGAAAACUGUGAUUUUUUGCUUGUGAGGAGCUGUUCAGAAUUUGAACCAGAAUGGUUGAAAGUUGUCGGAGAUAUUCACCGGAAACCGGUUAUUCCGGUGGGUCAACUUCCGACAACUCCGUAUGAAGAUGACAGCACGAAGAUCGAUGCAUGGAGAGAGAUAAAACUAUGGCUUGAUAAGCAAGAAAAGGGGAAAGUUAUUUACGUUGCAUUUGGUAGCGAGGCAAAACCGAGUCAAAAUGAACUUACUGAGUUAUCACUCGGGUUAGAGCUUUCUGGGUUGCCAUUCUUUUGGGUUUUAAGAACUAAAAGAGGGGAAUCCGAUGAUGAAUUGAUUCAAUUACCAGAAGGUUUCGAAGAACGAACAAAGGGAAGAGGAAUAGUGUGCACGAGUUGGGCACCACAACUCAAGAUACUUAGUCAUGACUCAGUGGGUGGAUUUUUGACUCAUUCAGGAUGGAGUUCAGUAGUCGAGGCAAUACAAUUUGAGAAAUCAUUGGUUCUCUUAACAUUUUUGGCUGAUCAAGGGAUAAAUGCUAGGCUUUUGGAGGAGAAGGAGAUGGCAUAUUCGAUACCGAGAAAUGAUCAAGACGGGUCGUUCACUCGUGACUCAGUGGCUGAGUCAUUGAAUUUGGUACUCGUUAAAAAAGAGGGUUUUAUUUAUCGAGAAAAGAUUAAAGAGAUGAAAGAUCUUUUCUGUGACAAGGAAAGGCAAAAUAAUUAUGUGGAGAAUUUUUUAAGUUUUCUUCAAAAUUAUGAAAAGAUUAAAGCAUGAAAUGGGAAGAAACACUUGGGUUUUCAUACACCUUAAUUGUGAUUUCAGAUUAAUUCAUGUACACGUCAAUUAUUUUAUGAAGUAUUAAAUAAAUCAAGUUUGACCAUGUGUGUGGUGCGCUCCUUGGCCCCUCUCUUAUAAAUAAA